UAUAAAAUGAAUUAUCCAAUUCAAAGCAGCACUCAAAUGUCUCACUUCAUGUCUGCGCGGCAUUUCCUCAAACACCUAACCUGCACUCAUCCACCAACCGCCACCAUCUCCCGCCGCCUCACAGGUUCACCACCGUCUGCAAUCUCAUCCCUUCCCAUUCUCUUCCACCAUCACAAAGUCAGUUACCAAUGGCUUCCACAUAUCCCAAUCAACAUUCAUGCUGCAGCUGCAAAUGCCAAGUUUUCAACAGCUUCUUCUUCUUCCCCUUCUCUACAAGACAAGUCACUGGCUUCACCUCCACCUUAUCUUUCGGUUCUGAUUCACUGUCCUAAAGAUAGUGCGGAUGUGCUUGCAGAAGCUCUUUUAUGCUUUGGUGCAACUUCUGUUAGCAUUGAUCAAGAUGAUGUGUGUCAACGUAGAGAUGAGAUUUGCAUUAGUUCCAUCUUUUCCGAAGGUGAAGAUAUAAAUGUUGGCAUUUCGCAUGCAGCUGACUCUAUUGGCUUGAAAGAGAUACCAAGAUAUGAAGUUAAAGUUAAUGAGGAAAAUUGGAUGAAGAGAGCUCAGGAAUCGUUUUGUCCAGUAGAAGUCACUAAAGACCUAUGGGUGGUACCCAAGUGGAGUGCCCCACGGCCACCGGAUGAUAAAGCGACAAAUAUAAUUCUAGAUCCUGGGCUAGCUUUUGGAACAGGGGAACAUGCCACUACCAAACUAUGUCUAUUACUCUUACAUGGUUGUGUAAAAGGAGGAGAAUACAUCCUGGACUAUGGCACAGGCACUGGAAUUCUUGCCAUUGCAGCUCUGAAGUUUGGUGCUGCCUUUGCUGUUGGAGUUGAUAUAGAUUCUGAUGCAAUUGCAUCAGCAUCUGAAAAUGCUGCCCUGAACAACAUUGAACCAGACAAAAUGCAACUGCUCCUUAUUGCUAGCGAUGCCUCUUCAUCCUUCAAGGCUGACUCGAAAUCUGGAGUUGUAGAGGGUGAAAGAACUUGUGAGAUACAAACAGUUACCGGCCAGUAUAAGUAUGAUGUGGUCAUUGCAAAUAUGCUCUUAAACCCUUUGUUAGAUCUUGCUGAUCAAAUUGUCUCUUGUGCGAAGCCUGGAGCAGUUAUUGGUCUCUCUGGCAUUUUAUCUGAACAGGUCCAGUACAUCAUACAAAGAUAUUCACCAUUCCUAGAAGGCAUAGAAGUAUCCCACAUGGAUGAAUGGGCCUGCGUGAGUGGCAAAAAGAAAUAGGAAUUUGAAUACGCGCUAACUAUAUAAGUAAUCAAUAGUUCCCAGCUAACCUCUCCUUGCAGCUUGAUGUCAGCCAUUAUAUUCUGCGUGACAGAUUCUAACAUGCUGUUCUAGACUUGGUAUGGUUAGAAACCUCUCCAAAAUUUCAUAAAGUAUUUGGUUGUAUGUGACUGCUUCUCUCAUGUUUCACAAAGCAAGCAAGAUAAGUUGGAUAAAAGUGUUAUUAGGAAUUUUAGUUGGCUACACUACAGUUAGCAAAGCCUAUAGUGUUUUGCUGCCACAAACUAGAAUUA